AUGAAACCUACUUCGAUUAAUUGCUUUCAACAAUCUCCCAUAAAUCUUCUCACAAGACCAUGGAAACGUUAUAGAGAUGGAUCCCUUUUCUACGGUCAAUCAAAGACUGGUAAUAGACGUACACCAAUAACCACCAAGCAAGGUAAUAAAACCCUGUACAAAGGUACUCGUUCUUCAGGUGUUGGUAGACAUACUAGAUAUGGUGGGUAUUUGAUUAAUUGGAAUAGAGUGCGUACUUUUGUCACGCCAAAAAAUUACAACACAGAUCUAAAACCAUUGGUAAGUCAUAACGUUCCUGAAUUGAAACACAGUUUCAAAGGUUAUUCUCAAGGUAGUUUGGAUUCACAACUGUAUUUUGAAAAACUAAAGGAAUACAUUAAAUAUGGUAAAGUACCUACUGCAGCCUCCGAUGUCAACUGUCACGUUGAAAGAGGUUAA